AUGAAGAAAGAAAUUGCGGAGUUCAUUUCAAGGUGCCUUCAAUGUCAACAAGUAAAAGCGGAGCAUCAAAGACCGGCGGGGUUACUUCAAUCUCUCCCUAUUCCGAAAUGGAAGUGGGAGCAUAUAACUAUGGAUUUUAUUGUAGGCUUACCCCGAACACCCCGAGGUAUGGAUUCUAUAUGGGUUGUGGUGGAUAUAUUCACUAAGCCUACUCAUUUUCUACCUGUGAAGACUGUUUAUAAUGCUGAUAGACUUGCUACGGUGUACAUUGCGGAGAUUAUUCGACUGCAUAGUGUUCCAGUUUCCAUUGUGUCAAAUAGAGACUCUAAAUGUCGAACUCCAGCUUGUUGGACUGAGGUUGGGGAUAGGUCAUUGAUUGGGCCUGAAAUUGUGCAAGUUACUACGGAAAAGAUUCCAAUCAUCCAACAGAGAUUAAAAACUGCUCAAAGUCGACAAAAGAGCUAUGCGGAUCAAAGAAGGAGAGACUUGGAGUUUGAAGUUGGGGCUCAUGUUUUUGUCAAAGUCACUCUAAUGAAAGGGCACGCAAGAUUUGGAAAGAAAGGGAAAUUAUCACCCCGGUACAUAGGGCCGUUUCAGAUUUUGGAAAGUCUGGGUCCAGUGGCUUAUCAGAUUGCUUUACCACCGAGCAUGGAGCAAAUGCACAAUGUGUUUCAUGUAUCAAUGUUGCGAGGCUACCUUUGA